CACGUGCCGGCAAAACCCCGGCAAAACCCUCCAAAAGAAUCCCCAGAAACCCUUCACCACCGACCCUCACAUCCAGCGCCGCGACCCCUCACAGCGCAAUGGUCGUCCGAAUCCGCCUCGCCCGCUUCGGCAAGAAGCACGCCCCCUUCUACAACAUAGUCGUCGCACACGCGCGGACAGCCCGCAACUCCCUCCCCCUCGAAGUCCUCGGCACCUACGAUCCGAUCCCAAAACCGCCGCGGCCGGGAGACACGCACGGUCGGCCGUGGAAGGACAUCAAGCUGGAUAUCAGUCGGGCGAGGUAUUGGAUUGGUGUCGGGGCGCAGCCGAGCGAUACGGCGUGGAGGUUGUUGAGUAUGGUCGGCAUUCUCGAGCCCAAAUACCGCAUAGGCAAGAUACAGGGCCAGGUCAUCAAGGCGGACUCAGCAUUCAAAUCAUUGAUACCCGAAAAGCCGGCGACAGAGCCCACCGACGAGGCACAGACAACGACGGAGCAGACGCAAUCAUGAGCAGUCGUACAAUGGGCAGAGCAGAUGCGUGAGGAGCCGCGAGUGGAGCAUUGUAGCAUAUACCGGCGUUAAGAGGAAGACCAAUUUGGCUUGUUUCUGUACACUAGCGGUCCCUAAGGGGACGUGUAAAUGGUAGAGGUAUGGAUAUUGUCUAUAGAGAAACGUUUGGUAGAUCAUGACCGAGAUCUUGAUAUAUAGUACCUCGUAUCAACGCCCG